GUGACGUGGUCGCCAACGAAAUAGUCCGCCAGCGCAUCCGCUUGCCGACCGCGCAACCGAUAAUAUGUCGGCCUCUCCCCCAAAGCAGGAGGGCGUGGAACCAGCCCAGUCGCCUGACGAAGAACAGCCCAUGGACCGGAACACAGAAGAGAACACAGCCCAGAUAGGUUACGAGUUCGAGGUCAAGGAGCAAGAUCGAUGGCUUCCAAUCGCCAAUGUCGCCCGCAUCAUGAAGAUGGCCCUUCCCGAGAACGCCAAAAUCGCAAAGGAGGCCAAGGAGUGCAUGCAGGAAUGCGUCAGCGAAUUCAUCUCCUUCAUCACCAGCGAGGCUUCCGAAAAGUGCCAGCAGGAGAAGCGCAAGACGGUCAAUGGCGAGGACAUUCUCUUUGCCAUGACUUCGCUCGGGUUCGAAAACUACUCGGAAGCCCUCAAGAUCUACCUGUCCAGGUAUCGCGAAAACAAGCCACCCACUGGGCAGUUUGCAGCCGGGCCCGGCGGGCCCAACGCAGGCGGCUCAGAGAAUCAACAGCAUGUACUGAAUGCCGAAUCCGAAAUGGGCGACGACACCACGGCCUUUGGAUAUCCAGUCCACAACGGAAACGGAGCCGAGUACUAG